CUCGCUGAUUGGCGAAUGCAGCGCGUACAGCCGAAGGUGGAGCUUCCGUACGGGCAGGGGCGGGCGGGGGCUGCGGGCAGGCCGUUCCAUUUCCGGCGGGAAAUCCCUGGAUUAGGGAAACAUUCCCGGAAUUCCACCAUGGCACCCUCACGCAGCCGCUCCUCCACCCAAAUCCCACCCUGCAUUCCCAAGCGCCAACUCCCGCCGGGAUAUUCGGAUUCCCUCCUUUUCCUCUGCGCCCGCCGCAUCGUGGCCCACCACCCACUUCCCAUCCUUCCCGCCCUUCCCGCCCACCUCUAUCCCAUCCUUUUCCAAGCGGCAUUCCUGGAUGGAAGACCCCUGGUCCUGCGGGAUUUGGUGGCCGCUUGGCCUUUCCCGGUGCUCAACUUCCAGCGGCUGGUGGGGCGCCGGGAGCUGCUCCGGGAUCAUCCCUGCAAGCUCUGCGUCCAGGCCGUCAUCCUGGCCGUGGUGGCGCAGCUCCGGCGGGAGCUGGAAGAGCCCGACCGCGAUUCCAGCGGGUGCCGCCUGCGCGUGCUGGACGUGACGGGAGUUCCGGACGAUCCGGCCGGCCGCGCUCCGGACGGGAUGAGCGUCUGGUCCGGCACCGUGGCUUUGGCCAAGGCUUGCGUGGAGGUUUCCAAGCACCAGCGGGAAUUCCAGAGGCGCGGAUCCAAGCGGCACAAAGGCCGUUCCGGAGCCGCCACGGCCGCGGCCGCUCCGCAGCCCCCGGGCGUGGACGUCCACGCCGACCUGUUCGUCAACGGAACGUCCUACGGGAUCCUGCGCGACGCGCUCCAGACCGGAGCCGCCGGCCCGCUGCGCCUCAAGUGCCGCGAAUUCCAAGCAGAAAAGCUCUCCCUGGCCGGGAUCGUGAGCCUGCUGGAAUCCCUGGAUCCUUCCUGCGUGCGGAGGGUGGAUCUGCGCUUCCGGAAUUUGGGAUUGACCGGGCUCUCGGUGAUCCUGCCGCACCUCUCGCGCUUCCCGGAGCUGCGCAGCCUCAAGCUCCAGUACAGCAACGUGGACGUGCGGCGCCCGACGCCGGAAUCGGCCAUCGGGAUCCGGUGCCUGGCCGGGCAGCUGGGAAUGCUGCCCAGCCUCCGGGAGCUCAACCUGGGAUCCUCCCGGCUCUCCGGGAAUCUGCGUCAGAUCCUCUGCGACCUCCAGGCUCCGUUGGAAAGCUUGGAAUUGGCCUUCUGCUCCCUCGUUCCCGCCGACCUCGCCUUCCUCUCUCAAAGCUUCCACGCUCCCGCCCUCAAAAGGUUGGAUCUGAGCGGCCACGACUUCUCCCAAGGCCUCCUGGAGCCGCUCCGGCUGCUCCUGGAGGAAACCUCGGCCUCGCUGCUGCACCUGGAUCUCAUGGAAUGCCGCAUGGCCGACUCCCACCUGGACGCGCUGCUCCCGACGCUCCGGCGCUGCUCCCGCCUGCGCUUCCUGGGACUCUACGGCAAUUCCCUGUCCACGGCCGCGCUCAAGGAUCUGCUCCAGAAAACCUUGGAGCUGCCCGAUCUCCACCUGGUCGUGUAUCCCUUCCCCGUCGAUUGCUACAAGCCAGAGCCUCCACGCCGAGUCCCGGGAUCCCGACGGAUUUACGAGGAACCCAUGGAUGGGGAACGGUUGGCGGCGGCCACCGCGGAGAUUUCCCAGCUGUUGGCGAAUUCCGGGAGAACCGACCUCGUCUGGACUUACAAUCCCUACGGCCACGGAGCCCUGGACUACUUCUCCUUGUGACUCGGGGAAAAGCUCGGAGCCUCCAUCACGGAAAAGUGCUGCCUCCUCCUUCCCAAAAUCCAGGCAUUUUCUGCCUCAUCCUGGUGCUUUUCUGCCUCAUUCCAGUGUUUUUUCCCGUUAUUUCGGUGCUUUUCCGCCUGAUUUCAGUAUUUUUCCAGCUCAUCCCGCUGUUUUUCCACCCCAUCCCGAGAUUUUUUCCCCAGUUUCUUUGCUUUUCUGCCAUGUUUGAGUUUUUUCCACCCCAUCCCAAUAGUUUUCCUGAUAUUUUCCCCCUCAUCCUGGUAUUCUUCCUCCCAUUCCAUUUUUUUUCCAGCCCAUCCUGGUGGUUUUCUAGGCCGUCCCUGUAUUUUUUCUGCCUCAUCCCGGUAUUUUUCCACCCCAUUUCAUUAUUUUUCCAGCCCAUCCUGGUGUUUUUCUGUCAGGAUUGGCUUUGCAUGGCCAAAUUCCAGGAGGCUCCGGGGCUGGAUUCCAUGGGAAGCUGCCGGAAGCUUCUCCCGUGUCUAGCCGAUGCCAUCCGGAAUGGCGGCGACGCCUCUGGAAUAAGAAUUAGGUCAGAAGAAGCCAAUCAUGGCACAGAUGGAUUUCUGAAGCAGGAAUUUUGGAGCUGAACAAUUCCGGAGAUGACUCCAAGGUGCUGGAGUGAAAAUUCCCAAAAUUCCGUGGUGCAUCCAACGGGAAGUUCAUCCUAGAGCUGGAUCCUGGCAGGGAGCUGUGGAUCCAUGGAAAAAGGAGCAGAUUCCUUGGAGGAGUCCCACGGAGAAAAAAACCUUUGGAGCAGGAUAUUCCCAAAGGAUUGACCCCUUGGAAAAGUCCACGAGGAAUUGUCUUCCACGGGAAUGACGCGUUGGAGAAAUCCACAGUAAACUCUUGCCGUGGGAUGGAUUCGCAUUGGCAAAAUAAUGGAAAACUCUUUACCACGGUGGAGAAAUCCAUGGAAAUCUUGCUGUGGGAUGGAUUCAUGUCAGAAAAAUCCAUGGAAAACUCCCCUGGGACGGCCCCGGCUCCCAGCGCUGCUGGAGGGAUUGAGGGAAAGCCAGGAAGGAGGGAAUUGGGGGAGGGAAAAGUUAGAUUUGGGGUCUUGUUAUCCUGCUCUGAUUCCGUUGGAA